GAUGUAGGUCGAGUAUAUACGAGCAUCUUUGCUCGGCCGUUUCAUUCAAAACUGUGAAGUGUGUGAGUUCGCUGGCCACUCUCCUUGGACUAUACGACUGAUUACAAAAUGAUCAGGCAAUUAUCGCUUCUUCUCAUAGGAGCUGCCAUGGUGAUGGCACAAAGAAGAUUAGCAUUACCGGAUCCUAGGAGUUGUGCAAACAGAGUUCGGCAUGCCACCUACAGAGACGCCAGAGGCGUGACGCAUUCCUACUUCUUCAGCUGGGAGCACCAGCCCACCAGAGGACUCGAAGUCGAUUGGCUAGACGCGAGAAACAUCUGCAGGCGACACUGCAUGGACGCCGUUUCUUUAGAAACGCCUCAAGAAAACGAAUUCAUCAAGCAGAGGAUAGCCAGAGGUAACGUGAGGUACAUUUGGACAUCGGGCCGCAAAUGCAACUUCGCUGGUUGUGACCGCGGAGAUCUGCAACCCCCGAACAUCAACGGCUGGUUCUGGUCCGGGUCCGGAGCCAAAAUCGGCCCGACCACUCAGAGGAACACCGGCGAUUGGAGUGCCACAGGUGGUUUCGGGCAAGCACAGCCUGAUAACAGAGAAGCUGCUCAGGGCAACGACGAGUCUUGUCUCUCCAUCUUGAACAACUUCUACAACGAUGGAAUCAAAUGGCACGACGUCGCCUGUCACCACGUCAAACCGUUCGUUUGCGAAGACAGUGAAGAAUUGUUGAACUUCGUGGCUUCUAGGAAUCAAGGCAUCCGUCUUUAGAGGCAUCGUAGAGAAAUAUUCGGCUUAGGAAUAUAGACAAACACCCAGUACCUUCACCUUACCGAAAAAAUAAUCAUGCACUGUGAAGCAAAAAGCUUCAUCAAAUUCACUCCCCAAAUUAAUUCAUUGAAUUAGGUCAAUUCAAUUCUAUAUUUUCAAGUUUAUUUGACGUAUUUUCAGAACACCCUGUGUAACGUUUGACACCUUGGCUAAUUUUGAGAAAAAAAAGCACUUAUGCAGCCACAAUAAAUAAAAGAAUGGUAACCAUUGUAUAUAUGCUUAGACUUACUUAGAAUACCGAUGCAUAGUAUUUUUAUAUUUCAAUUAUGAUUAUUUUUUCACUUCCUUUUCUCAACUAUUUAAUUAUCCCCCAUUUUUCCUAUUCGCGUGUGAAUAUUAGCUUCCCCUGCUUUAGUUGUUAGUUUUGUAUCUAUUUUAAAUUAUAUUUUAUUAAUAAAUAUUUGUAUAA